CGCUACAUGUGCUUCUUGCUUUGAUGUUGAUCAUGUUUGAUUCACAAAUCAUGGAGGGUAACAGAUUCACGGGCUUUCUUGAAUGACUAUGAGGAUGAGUGGUCCACCAGUCAUCGAUCUCUUGCCCUUGACAAAGAAAAGAAGAAGAGGAAAAACAAGCCUCAUGGAUAUAUUUCUGUUUGGCCAGUGGAUGAGGAGGAUGAAAGUAAUGAAGAACCAGUCUUAUGUGAGCAGACUUCCAGCAGAGUAAUAGAGGGUUUGAAAGGCAGGAAAGUUACAGUUCUAUAUGAGGGAUCAGCUGCUGCAAGAGCCUGUACUAUUGCUACCCCCCGUCGUGAGCCCUGCUACCUUAAGGAACUUUCAACAGAUGAGAGUGAAGUGGUUGGUCUUCAAAUGAGGUACUUCAAAGACAACAAGAUCUGCACCUCCUCGCAAACAGAGAAAGUUGUUGUCAUUCAAGAUGAGACCGAGAUAACAGACCUUCUUGCCAAGCAGAAUGGAGGAAAGAAGAGGAAGACUGUGUCAACUCAAACAGACUCCCUUUCUUCUUGUGAAACAAGUGUGCAAACAGAUUCGUAUAGUGGCGACCUAUCAUCAGUUAAUGGCAAACUAGAUGAGAUUCUCUGUCUUCUACAUGCUACUGCUGCUGACUAUUCCCUAAAGACCAGCAACAUUCCCAAUGUAAGCGACAUUGUUAGAUGGGUUACAGAAAAUACAUCAACCCCCAAGCCAGGGUUACCAUCUAUCACCAUUGUGCCUGUGGAGGACUCUAUCAUGGAAAUUCCGGCACGUUACCCCUCAGUUGCAACACCUGUGAUAGAGGUGAUUCAGCAGGAAGAGAAAAGACCUUCGCCCGUUAAAGCUCGACGCUUAUCACCACUCAGAUCACCACUCAGAUCACCGCUGAGGUCCUCUCCACUUCUAGCCUGCAGAUCUUCACCACUCAGGUCAUCGCCACGCCUUGCCUGCCGCUCAUCUCCUCUGACGCGCCCCUCCUCACCUCCAGUCAACAGCUCCUCACCUCCAAUCAGCAGCUCCUCACAAGUAAGAUCACCACCAUCAUCCCACCACUCUUCACCAUCAAGGUCUUCAACUCAACCAGCUCGUCGCUCAUCACCAUUACCAGCCAAGAAGACUCUCUUUGCUGAGGAAAACGUUGAUCAUGAGGGGGCAGAAGAUGGUUUCACCUGUACCCAAGUUCAGGAAGUGGCUCACAGGGUUAACAACAGGAAGAAGGCCAAAAAAGAUCAGGUUCUGACAGUGUCUUGUAGUUCGACGGCAACAAUUCUAGAAAUAAAGGACGUCACUGAUGUAGUCCCUGGAGAUUUUGAAUUCAGAAUACGACGAGAUAUCCUAGCUGAUGUGAAGUCCACAGCUUGCUCUGAUGGGAACUUCAUGUGGAUUCUUACAAGGAAGUUAUUCAGAGAAGAUGAACUUGUUGAGAGGAAUUUCUUUGGUAGAAAAGGAAGAAAACCCAUAUCUCCCCGAAGGAAGAGGGCACUUACACAUGCUUACAUUUCGUGUUGUGGAACAUCCUAUAUGGAAUUCACCAAGGCGGUGAACAGCAUCAACAGUGGCAUUCGUUCUCUGGGACGUUGAUGAUUCUUGAUGUUGCUAUAUAGGGUGCUUCAAGUCCAGUCCAUUAAAAGCUACAGUACCAUAGGGGUUUUUCUUUUGUUUUUUAAAAUACAUACAUUCCAUGAUUAUUGAAUACUUAAGAUUACAAUUUGCAUAAUAUGCUUUUGUACUUCUUGUAACAUGUUCCUUUCCUUUAGCAUGGAGUCACAAGAUGUAAAUACAUGUAAAUGUACUUAAAAUCAUGUUGAAUUAUUUAUUUAUUUAUUUAUUUAAAAAAAAAAGAUAAAGUAUCAUCUUAUUGAAA